UACUCUGUCUUCCCUUCCCUUCCUCUCUCACCCUCAAGUCUCCCCCACUACUGCCCUCUCCCACCUGUAGCCCACCAUGGAAUCAGAGGCAGAGAGAACAUUCCAUCGGUUUGCUGUCUUUGGGGACUCAUCAAGCAGUGGCACUGAAAUGAACAAUAAGAACUUCUCCAAGCUGUGCAAGGACUGUGGCAUCAUGGAUGGCAAGACAGUCACCUCCACGGAUGUGGACAUUGUGUUCAGCAAAGUCAAGGCCAAGAAUGCCCGGACCAUCACAUUUCAGCAAUUCAAAGACGCAGUGAAGGAACUGGGCCAGAAACGCUUCAAGGGAAAGAGCCCAGAUGAAGCCUUGGAGGACACAUAUAAACUCAUGGAGGGCAAGGACCCUGCCACCACUGGUGCUACUAAAGCAACAACGGCAGGUGCAGUGGACCGUCUGACAGACACCAGCAAGUACACCGGCACCCAUAAGGAGCGCUUUGAUGAGAGUGGCAAAGGCAAGGGCAUUGCAGGACGCGAAGAGACGACUGACAGCUCGGGUUAUGUGAGUGGCUACAAGGGUGCUGGCACCUAUGAUAAGAAGAGCAAGUAGAGGGGAGCCUCAACUUAGCCUGCUAGCCCCCUGGCCCUGCAUGCUUAACACCGGGGAGCUUGGGAAACAAUAAACCUCUGUGUGUGCAGCAGC